UCUAGGCUUCUACGCGUAGGAAUAUCACUGACGUGUCCCCUGUGCGGAGAUCAGCUACGUACGUGCGUGUAAUUCGUCGACUCGCUUCGACGAUAAUCCUCGCCUUCCCCGCGUGCAUAGGAAUUAGCCGGGCAAUACCGCCAGUCAUUGAGCUGCGUGCGAGCGGAACGUUUCGUGCGACGCGUUGAUUAUCAGUGGUGAGUCCAGUCUAGUGAACCAGCCCGGAGAGAGCCACAACCCCGUUUGGGCGCCAGCGAGUCGAAAGUGACGGCAAAAUUAUGGCAUCGACAUCAACUCUGAACCUCAACAGUUUCUUCAAUGUCUUCAGCAGCACGCUAAAUGCGCCAGUCAGGAAACACUUGAAGAAUGUGUACGGUUGCCUGUCUUUGUCCACCGUGUCAGCGGCUGUUGGAGCUUAUGUGCAUAUGUAUACGCAAUUCCUGCAGGCCAAUCUGCUGACGAGUAUCGGCACCCUGGGCUUUCUCAUUGCGCUGAUGACAACAUCCGACAAUGGCAAAAACCAAAAACUGCGUCUCGGUUACCUCUUGGGAUUUGCAUUCCUAUGUGGUCUUGGUUUGGGGCCUUUGCUCGAAUUGGUAGUCAGCAUAGACCCGAGCAUUGUAAUAACAGCAUUAGUUGGCACGACGGUCGUCUUCGUUUCCUUUAGCAUUUCUGCGCUUUUGGCUGCACGUGGCCGUUGGCUGUUUCUUGGUGGCACCUUGAUGAGCAUGAUGAACGCUAUAUUCUUGGUCUCCCUUGUCAAUAUGUUCUUGCGUUCGACCUUCCUCUAUCAAGUGCACCUAUAUGUGGGAUUAUUCGUUAUUUGCGGCUUCGUCAUUUACGACACGCAACUGAUCAUCGAGAAGUACGACAUUGGUAGCAGAGACUUCAUCAUGCACUCUUUGGAUCUGUUUGUCGACUUUGUAAUAAUUUUCCGACACCUCCUUGUGAUACUUACGCAAAAGGAAUUGUCCAAGGAUUCACGCAAGCGUAAAGAUUAAGCAAAAACAAACUGAAUAAUUGAGGUGCAUUCAAGUAAAUCCAUAAACUAGAGGUCUUCAUGUAAUCUAUCCAUACCUAGGUAUUUGUGUACAUAUACAUACCGGAAAAAA